CUGAUAAUAAACUCCCGAGACGUUUUCGCGCCGGGCCACGGCGACCGCGCAAGACUCAUCGCGGGCGGGACUUUCAGGGACGAACGCCCCCUCGACCGCCGCGCAAACCCAUCUUCCCCCAUCCACACAUUACAUGGGCCGUUUCUCCCCUUCGAACCGCCCACCAUGAGCUUUGUGCCGAUUAACCCGCGGCCUAUGCUGCAAGACCUCGUCGACAAGGACGUCGUCAUCAGACUCAAGUGGGGCGAUACCGAGUACAAGGGCAAGUUGGUCAGCAUCGACAGCUACAUGAACAUCCAGCUCAGCGGAGCCGAGGAGUACAUCGACCAGAAGAUGACCGGAGCCCUUGGCCAGGUCUUGAUCCGGUGUAACAACGUCCUCUGGAUCCGUGGCGCGAAAGAAGGCGAGAGAGACGUCAAGAUGGAGGAUUGA